AUGGAGGCGGUAGGGGUAGUUUCCGCGCUUUUGGGCCUCCUGCCCUCCCUUGCGAAGCUGCUCACCAACGAGGAGCGCCUGGAAGAGACCUUGAAGGGCGAGCUGACGAAUCUCAAGGACGAGCUGAUGAGCAUGGAUGCUUUCCUUGGGGAUGUCUCCAGCAUGCCACCGGACCAGCUUGAGUCGCAAGUGAAGCUCAGGGCGCGUGAGGUCAGGGAGCUGUCUCAUGCCAUCGAGACACACCUCCACUACUUCAUGGCGCGCAUCGAGUUGACCAAGGGCGCUCUUCUUCCUGCCAUGAGCAAGAGGAAAAUUAACGAAGAGAUGGAAAGCUACAUCAAACAAAUCAUGUUGAAGAUUAAGAAGGUGAGUGCACGGCAUGGACCGUAUCCUUCUAAGAGUUCCCUGGAAAGUACUUCCACAUGGGAAGCGGGCACUCCUAUGUUUUCCAUGGACACCAGUGAAUCUAACCAUGUUGGCCUAGAAGGGGCAAUUGCCAAGCUAACCAAGAAGCUGUCCCAUGGCGACCAUGUCUCCAUUGUCGGGAUGGGGGGGAUGGGCAAGACCACCCUUGCUCGAGCAGUCUACGACAAGAUGAAAGGUGAUUUUGAUUGUGCAGCUUUUGUUCACAUCGGCCAGAGAGCUGACGUGAAGAAGGUUCUGAUGUACAUCUUCGACGGACUUCACAUGGAGAUCUAUGGUCAUGAACCAGACCAACACCAGCUAACCAACCAGCUGCAAAAUUUCCUGGUGGAUAAGAGGUGUUUAAUUGUCAUCGACGAUAUAUGGGAUAAGGGAACAUGGAACUUUGUUGAGCGUGUUUUUAAGUGUAGUGCUGGAAUUAAAAUCAUCACCACGACUCGUAACCGCAAUAUUGCCAAAGGAGUUGGUGGCACAGUGUACACAAUGAAACCUCUUUCCCCUACCAACUCAAAAGAGUUGCUCCGAACCAAAGCUGAAGUUAAAAGCCAUGAUGCAGAGUUUGAUACACUGUCAGAUAAAGUUUUGCAUAAAUGUGGUGGUGUGCCAAUAGCUAUCACUAUGAUAGGUAACAUGCUUGCUAAAAUUCAAAGCAAGGACUGGCAUAUGGUGUAUGAUUCUAUUGGUCUGGAUGCGCGCAAGGACUGGGCUUUCGAGGACAUAAAGAUGGUGUUUGCUUAUAGUUAUUAUGCUCUACCCUAUAAUAUCAAGAAAUGCUUUUUGUACCUAAGCCUGUUCCCAGAAGGCCACUGGAUCGAGAAGAAUAUGUUAAUAUGGAGGUGGGUCGCUGAAGGCCUUGUUCCUGAUGGGUUAUUUGAGACUGGGGAGACCUAUUUCAAGGAGCUAGUAGAUAGGUGCAUGAUCCAGUGGGCAGUGAGCCCUUGUGGCCUCAGCCCAGGUGGUUGCCGUGUCCACAUUUUGAUGCAUCGCUUCAUCCGCGACUUGUCAAGCAGCGAGAAUUUCUCCACUGUACUAGACCUAGGCAUGAAGCAGGCGAGCACAUCCCAAACUGGACCCAUUCAUAGACUAGUCAUCCACAAGGGCCAAAAUCAAAACAGUAGCCUGGAAGUGGAGGAGGUGUUGUCAUUCUAUGCAUGCACCGGUAGUGGCUUGCCACCACUCCGGAGGUUUAAAUGGCUUCGUGUGAUAGAUCUGGAGAACUGUGAUUUAUCCGUCGGAGAUUGCAAUCUGGAGCAGCUCGGCAGAUUGAAAGUGCUGAAGUAUGUUGGGCUUGUCGGCACACCCAUAGCCAAGCUCCCAUGGAAGAUAGGACACCUCGAGCUCCUACAGAUGCUCGACGUGACGGCAACUGGCAUCAGAGAGCUGCCACCGUUCGUCGGAGAGCUAAGGAAGCUUAGGUGCCUGCGUGCUGGGAAGGGCACGAGGAUGAUGGGUCGGGUAGGGAAGCUGACAUGCCUGGAAGAGUUGUGGCUGCACUCGGCGGAAAAGUCCCCAGACUUCGCCGCCGAGCUCCAGAAGCUGAGCAAGAUGCGGGUGCUGGUGAUCCACUUCGAUGAGGUGGAUGAGGGCAUGCAGAAGAAGCUGGUGGAAUCCCUGGUCCAUCUGAACAAGCUCCAGGUCCUGCAUUUCUGGUUCAGCACAGGGGGAAAGGUCCGCCUUGACAGCUGGGAAGACAAUGUGCCCUUCCCAGAGCUCCGCCAGCUGCUGCUGUUCAGGGCCAUCCUACCCAAGCAGAAAUCGUGGAUCCAUCACUUGUCUGCUCCAAAACUCUACAAACUACUGCUGCAGGUGGAGACCUUGCAGGCAGAACACCUGGAGAUCCUUGGGCAGAUGUCGUCACUCUGCUUCCUCUCCCUCCACAUGGAGGAUAAGUAUCGGUUGGAAUAUCUCUACACGAACAUAGAGCUGGUAUGCGGGGACGCGGCGCUGCCAAGGAUCCACAAGCUGGAGCUGGCCCGUGUGAGGGUGGGAACGGACAUUGGCCUGCGGGGAAACAUGCCUCUACUCGAGAGGGCCACAUACCACCUCGACUGCAGGGAUUGCGACCUCGUGGAGGUGCAGAAGGCAGAAGAAGAGCUAAGGCAGGCGAGCCAAGCCCACCCCAACAGUCCAGUCCUCACCAUAACAAGAUGGAACGAUGACGUAUGUUCCUCUUCAUUUCAGGGACCGAGCUGGAGUGAUUCUGAAGAUGAAGGACAAGCCUCUACCGACAGCAUGUCAGCUUGUCUCAACGACCAUUUUACAGACAAUGUCGAGCCAGCGCCACCUAAGGCCGACACUGGCAGUGCACUCUCCUUGCUUAACAGCUCGGAUGGAGCCACUCUUUUGUCGGAGGAAGCUGCCGAGUCAACAAUCGGUCCUGUUCUCUCUGGUGGCUAUUGCUACAUCAACCAAGCUGGCUACCUAGAUUGCAGAGACACAACCUCUGGGGAAAGGUUAAACAAUGCUGAAGCCAUGGAGCCAACAAGUCUAAAGAUGGAAUUAUUAAGAAAGAUCACAAAGAAUUUCACCGAGGAGCGAGUACUUGGUAAAGGUGCAUAUGCAAAAGUUUACAGGGGUGUGUGCGAUGAUGGACAAGUGGUUGCUGUGAAGCUGCUCUAUAAUCUAAAGCGAACAAUUGAUGAUAAACAAUUCAUACGUGAGUUUAUAAACCUUAUGAUGCUAAAGCAUCCGAACAUCGUAGGGUUAGUUGGCUACUGCUACGAAACACAACGUCAACAUGCGGACUUUGAAGGAACCAUUGUUUUUGGUGAAACAACACACAAAGCACUUUGCUUCGAGUAUAUGCCUGAGGGGAGCCUGAGUAAGCAUCUGUCCGAUGAAUGCAAUGGACUUGAUUGGCAAACACGUUACAAAAUUAUCAAAGGGGCAUGUGAAGGUUUAAGAUACCUUCAUGAAGGAUUGGGUAAACCACUUUAUCAUCUGGACCUGAAACCAGACAAUAUACUUCUAGAUGAAAAGAUGGCCCCGAAACUUGCAGAUUUUGGUUUGUCCAAGUUCUACGGAGAAGAACAAACCAGGAUGACACAAAGUCCUAUUGGAACUAUUGGAUACACGCCGCCGGAAUACUUAUUUGGAAGAAAGGUCUCGAAGAAGUUUGACAUAUUUAGCAUGGGUGUUGUAAUGACAAAGAUAAUUGCAGGGCCUAGCGACCACGACACACAUGAUGAAAGGCAAAAAGAGUUUCUUGAUCAAGUACAAGGAAAUUGGAGAAAAAGGUUGCAGAUUCCAUCGAGUUCUCCUGAGCAACUAGAAGCACAAUGCCAACAAGUGAAAAGAUGCACUGAGAUUGCAUUGAGCUGCAUGGACAUGGAUUGGCGCAGAAGGCCAAGUAUAGUUAAUAUCCUAGAUGAACUCAAUGAGACUGAAAAAUGUAUUGAAAAGGCUACUAAUUAUGAACAAGAUCCAUCACCACCAAUUGCUUCCACUUCAAGCGUUGUUUAACAUGCAGCGUCACCUCCACCAACCACACCAUCUCCAGCACCAUGUGUCAUUGACACCUUCUCGGUCGUUCUGGUGCCAGACCGUGAUGAAAUUGACAUGAAGUGUGAUGCUAAAGAUCAAUUCGCAGAUAAUUCCAAAGCUGAGGCUAUCUUUUCAGAAAUGUUCAUAGAGGUGGGUGGCAGGUGUAGGAGAGAAGGAGGACCUACCAGUCGAAUCAUUUUCAACGGUUCAAGAGAUGUUCAGCAAUAUGGACUGGUUGUCUGGACUCUGAAAGCAGGAGUGACGCAGUCCAGUUCAUAAAAGCCAAGAUCGAGAUCGACGCAGCAUCCCUUACCGAGUUGUGAAGAAGAGACCUGGAGGCUUACCGGGCGGUCAGUUUGCACUUGUCUCAUGAUUAGUGGAUGACACAAAUGCGCAGGGAGAUGGCGCCACCGGGUACGGCAUAAGCCAAGCGGCCAAAGAGCAGGCGCCUGAGGCCACACCGCCCCUAUUCCGUGUCUAUCCAAGAGCAACUCACCAUGGCUAGGCCCCUCACCCUAGGGAGCCAGCAAGAAGAUGAAAUUCUUCGUUGGGGAAAUUUUUAAACAAAUCGAUUUGUAUUUGUGUGUUUGGGAACAAU